GAAGACAUGGCAACAAAUUCAAGAUGAGUUACGAUGGACAGUUGUUAUACAAGUCUGGCUCCGUGUACAACCAACUACGCCUAACGAGAGAACUGAGUGACGCCGUCAUUACGGUCGAUCAAGUCGAGUUUCACAUCCAUAAGAUCAUCCUGUGCAACUGCAGCCCAUACUUUGGAGCCCUCUUUCUACGUUGGUCCUCCCCAGACCAGAGGGUCUACACUGUACAUGGUCUGACGGCUCCCUUUAUGCAGCUAUUCAUUGACUUCGCAUACACCAGGUCCGUGUCUGUGACAGAGGAGAACGUACAGGACUUGUUGAUUGCGGCCGAUAAGUUCAACGUCAUUGGCAUCGUUCGAUCCUGCUGCACAUUUCUAAAAGAACGGCUCUGCCCGGAGAACUGCAUCGGGAUCUGGCAGUUCACAAAGAACUGCCACACUCCAGAGCUAGAGGACAAUGCCCACCAGUACAUCCUGUACCAUUUUGAGGAGGUUGCGAUGUCGGAUGAGUUGUGGCAACUCCCCAUGCAAGACUUCUGUGACAUCCUCGACCGGGAUGACCUGAUUGUGAAAAAGGAAAACACGGUUUACGAGGCCAUACUCCAGUGGAUAGCACAUGCCCCCCGAGAACGAGAAGAAAAUGUGGCUGUGCUCCUCGCAAAAGUCCGUCUGGCUCUGACCAGUCAGGAGUUCAUCACCAUCAACGUGCUGACCAAUCAGCUGGUGCAGAGUAGCAACGAAUGCCUGGAGAUGGUGGCUUUCGCAAUCAAAAUUAUACGUCACAUGACCGCCAACUCCGUGUCUGGAUUUUGCAACCUAGUUGCCCGUCCUCGCCUGCCUUCCACCAUCCUGAUGGCCAUCGGUGGUCGCAAUGGCCGAAACUCAGCACAUCGUAUCGAGGCUUACGACGUGCACACCAACUGCUGGGGUUACCUGGUAGAUGACAUGGAUCAACCCCGUUCGUACUGCGGGGCCGUCUUUCUGAAUGACUCCAUCUAUUGCCUCGGGGGCUUCGAUGGGGCGGAACACUACAACACUGUCAGCCGCUUUGACCUCAACACGCGCACCUGGCGAGAAGUGGCCCCCAUGCACUUCCGCCGAUGCUAUGUAAGCGUCACAGUGCUAAAUGGGUGCAUCUAUGCGAUCGGAGGCCAUGACGGACGUGUGAGACUAAAGUCAGCGGAGUACUACAGGCCAGAGACAAAUCAGUGGACUCUUAUCGCCAGCAUGCAUGAAUUGAGGAGCGAUGCGAGCUGCACCACCUUAAAUGACAAGGUGUACAUUUGUGGCGGUUUUAAUGGAAAUGAGUUCUUGCAAACAGCAGAAUAUUAUAGCCCAGAGACUGAUGAGUGGACAGUGAUGCCCCCCAUGAGCAGCCGUCGCAGCGGCACCGGAGUCAUUGGCUAUGCUGACCAUCUUUAUGCAGUUGGAGGUUAUGAUGGUGACAUCCGUCUAGCCAGUGCCGAGGCCUACAACCCCCUUACUAACAACUGGAUCGUCCUGCCCCCCAUGGAAUCCCCCAGAAGCAACUUCGGCAUAGAAGUUGUUGAGGAUCGCCUCAUUGUUGCCGGGGGUUACAACGGCGUCUCCCCAACCAAGCUGGUGGAGUUCUACGACCUCACCACCGGUCUAUGGUCUCCAGCCAGUGACAUGGGGGUCUCUCGAAGCGGGUUGACUUGCUGUGUGAUGUCUGGACUUCGCAACAUAGCCCAAUAUGCUAUGCUCCGUAACGAUCUACCUUUGCUAAGCUUGGAAGAUGAAAUGCUGACUAUUGAGGACUAAGCCAGACUCAGGAGCAUUAUGCUGAAAAGUGAAAGAAACUGUAAAACUGCUUCAGUACAAGAGAGAAACUACAAGACAUAAACAACCUUGAAACUUGUGUUGAACCAUAUUUUUAUUCCGUUUUUUUAAAUAUGGACACUAAUGAAUUGACGCAAAAUGCCUUCCAGGGAGUCAAUAAAUUACUGUGUUACCAUG